AUGUCAACGACUGCCGUGAAAGAGUGCGGCAGAAUCUUGUGCACCACCUUCCUCAGCCUCGUGCCGCCGCUAUGGCUUCUCCUCUUCACCCAGCUCUCCGCCGCCCGCCAUCAAAAAACCGAUCAUCACGACCUCGUCUCUACUUUCCUGCAUACCAACACGACCUCGCUCCUUGGCAUCCUCAUACUCGCCCUACAAAGCUUCAUCGGCGGCGAGGAGCGCGCUUGGCUCAUCACCAUACGACGCCGUUUUGAUGCCGCGUUGGUUUGGAUUUUCUCGAUGCAAGUCUGCCUAAGUUUGUGGAUUUACGGAUUUGUGGAAGUCGACGAUGAGUCCCCAAUCGGCGGCGGCGGAGUUUGGAGUGUGCUUAUGGGUUUGGGAUUGCAUGAAGCGGUGGUUUUCUGGCGGCGGUAUGUGGUGAGGCCGGCGGUAUCCGGGCUCCGCGGGGAGGGAUUUGGGUGGGGGGAGAAUGUGUUGUUGGCGGCGGCGUUUGGAUGUCUGUGGUGGCGGAGGUUAAGGGGGGAAGUGGAGGAGCAGCUGGUAGGGAUGGGGAAAGAUAUGGAGGCGGUGGAUGUUGUGGGGUGGUUGUUGUAUUGCUCGAUGGCGGCGGUGGGCGGAGUUAGGGUGGUCAAAGGUUUGUUGUGGGUGGUCAAUGGGAUUUUCCGACGCCAUCCGCGGGUCAACGGAGAGGUCGAUGAUAGUUUAGAUUUGACAAUAAAGAUUGAAACCGAAAUGCGAAAUGUAAUUUAA